AUGUUUGAAAAUGAAUCUUCAUCGGAUGUCAAGCUUGGUAGAGUUGGUCCAUUUACAGCGGAUGCUACAGAUAUAAGACAUGGGACUAUGGUUGAGUUUCUAUGCAGGGCAAAGGUUCCCCCCGAGAUCAAAAAAGGGUGGUACUGGAACAUGGAGUGGGACUCCCUUGUCCCAAUCUUACAGACACUUCUCGCGUUUAAUGCCAAUCCAGACAAGUUCAUCGCAGACAAGGAACCUGGAUUUCCUUUGAUUAGUGCAGCAUGCAAUGGUUGCCUGCGGGCCGUGGAGCUGCUUCUAGACGCAGGGGCUAGAGUCAAUCUCUCCCUUCCUCAUUUUUAUGGCACUGCUUUGCAAGCUGCAGUUUCGCAAGGGCACCUGGAGGUAGCCGAAUAUCUUAUUGAAAAGACAUCGGACAUCAACGUCCCCCGUUCCUUACCUCUCGAAUAUCCUGAUUCCUCCAGAGAUGAUGGAAUAUCAGCUCUCCAGACGCCAGUUCAACUUGCUGCAAAAAAUAACAAUCUUGCUCUUCUUCAGAUGUUGCUGGAGCGCGGAGCAUCUGUCAGCGCUUGCCCAGUCUCCGCAUGCCCCAAUUUCGAAUCUUAUUAUCCUUACAAAGCGACGCUUAAGCGGUACUGGCUAAGAUAUGGGCCGCAGUAUAACAAACAUUACCUAGUCUACACUGCCCUGCAAUAUGGAGUUAUCAACCAGAAUUUGAACAUCGUCGAACUUUUGCUGUCCGCUGGAGCCGACCCAGACUCCCGGGUGGCACCAGGGAUAGGUGACACACCCUUACAGAUGGCCGCAAGACUAGGCAACCUUGAAUUGGCUAGACUUCUUCUAAGCAGUGGCGCAGAUGUCAAUGCCCCCCCCCUGCGGCUUACAACGGCCGAACUGCACUUCAAGGGGCAGCAGAGAGUGGAAACUGGCAGAUCCUAUCAAUGCUUCAACACAAAGAAGCACAAAUAA